CGAAAAGACCAUGGUGAGAGACUUCGUGUCCUCGUUAGAAUCCGACUACCUGCCAACGGACAUUCAGCGGACAUACACAAUGAACAGAUUUAUCCGAUUCUCAGAGCUUCAAGGAAGACAGACUUGUUUAUCUUUUCACCUCAUUUGAAUACUUAAAUCAUCGAGCUUCGAUAUAUGCCUAUACUCUAGAAUGUUGAAUCCCGAUUCUGGACAUGGCUCGAACAACCCCAAGUGAUAUCAGUAAAGACAGUAAAAAAGACGGUCACGCCGGUGGACUUGAAGUGAAUUGUGGCUGUGCAAUUAAACGCCGAACACCAACUGCUCGGCGCUAUUGAUCUUACAUCCUACAAUGGAUACCAAACAUAUCGAGCUUGUUCCACCUCUGGUCGAAGCUGGUAAAUCUUCCGACUUAGCCCAGUCGGGGCAUAUUGUCUCUGCAUCAUUCUCUCCGUCCAAUAACUCUCUAGCAUUACAUCUCGCUCCCUUGAACUUAACCGGGUCGAAGACCUCCACUGUCGAGCAGCCAGAAGCGGUUUAUCUUGCGGGAUGCGACGAUGUUCCUUCGUCAGAGAGACGUCUGUUCAUCGCCGACACCGUAGUCAUAUUCUCAAUGUUCAAAAGCAUGCUAAAAGACGCGCACUUAAGAGAUCCAACUUGGCUCCAGACGCGCCAAGCUUUGGAGAUUAUUCGAAAAUUAAGUGUCGACUACGUCAACUUCAUCAAAGAAUGUUGGAUCCAUGCCUCUCAACCGAUAUCUCGUCCGGAGCCUCUUCAAUUAAGCGUAGAGCACUAUCGAAAUCUUUAUUCAACAUUCUCCUUGUUCGUGGUCCUUUUUGUCCCUGAACCUGGUUACGAGGACGCUCCUGUCGGCGAAGAAUUGAUGGAGUGGCUUAACAUACAUUUCAUUGAGCCAUCUACGGAAGAAGGCGAUCAGCUCAGCUCCCUGGAUCAUCCAUGGGAGGAUGAAAACUUCUGGUCAUAUCUCACUAGGUCUACUAUUCGAGGAUUUUCAAAAGCCUCGUUAUUCUUCCUGAAUACCCUGCUACAACACCCUUCGGAGGAUCUGCAAGAACUCGUAAAAAUCCUCAUACCUCUUGUAGAAUCUCAUCCACGGCUACCGCAAUUCACUGCCGAACGAGACUUUGCAUAUGCAUCCCGAAAAUGGAAAGACAAGGUCAAAGCUUUGCGUGUGGAGAUGGAUCGAUUCUUGGAUGAAUCUUACGAUUGGUGGGAUCCCUUGAGUGAUCUCAUUGGCAUCCUAGAGGGCCGCGGGGAUGUGAUUGAAAGGGUUUGCGAGGAACUUGGUGCGGAUUGGAAGGAAGUCUGUGCUGCUCGGGGCAUCUUUGUGGAUACUAGGCUAAGAAGACAGGAUCUACCGGAUGUGGUUGCAGACGUCCUGGAAAUUAUGCCUCCAGACCCUACAAACCUAGAGGACAUGAUGCUCUCUUCUCUUUUCUCUGGUCAUGCUGACCAGGUCUUGAAGCAUGCCUCGGAUUUCGACUUGUGGCUCUCCGCUCAUUUGGCGGAUAUCAUGGAGCCCCUGGGAUUGCUGGAUGCCGAAUUAGACUUCGAGUCAGGAGUUACUAAACGCGAUGAAUACGUGCUGGCGUAUGCCGAAUACCUCCGUUCAGACUCAACUUUGUGGCGGAUUACCAUUGCCUACCUUUACUCGUGCGGUAGGGUAGGUGAGGAGCAAGCGGAUGAGGUGCUGAUGCGGGUUCCUCUGUCUUUAAAUGCCGCCACUCUAGACGAAUCGCUUACUCCAGGCGACACGAUGGCUGAGGUCGUGAAAGAUAUUAGCUCGAUAUGUCUGGAACAUAGUCGCGAAUCAGUGCGACGGGCAGUCUGCAAGAUUGCUUCGACAAUGUUGGUGCGUUCUCGAGACUACGGGAUGGCCGUGUCGUACUCUACAUCUGCUGAAGAUUGGACUGGGUUGGGUCGCGUGAUUGACGCAGUUCUCGAUGAAUACAUCCAAAAUGGCCCGGUUGUCUUUGCCGGUUAUGCUUCUAAAAUUGCUCCAUCGAUGGAUGAGAUACAAUCGAGCUCGCGCACUCAUCAAAUAUUCGCCCAUCGUUUGAUGUUCACUGUUAGAUAUUCACAGAUGCAUAAAAUGAGGCUUGACCGGGAUUAUCCUAAUGCUGCAUUAGAUCUUCUCGCUCUCCUCCGCGACGAAAUUGCACCUAGAUCCUGGUGGCCGAUACUCUUGUGUGAUGCAGUCGAGUUCCUGCAAUACGGGCCAAAGCUUCUGUUCUCUUCUAGUGAUGCCAUAGAACUACUACGAAAAUUGGAAGAAAUUUCCAUUCGUAGUUCUCAAGGUUCUGGCGAUGACUACCUAACGGUUCUCAUCCGAACCAUCAAGGGCGGAGGUGAGAAAGAGGCAUUAGAACGACUGAAACAAGUGCGUCUGGCCAUUGCUCGUUAUUUUGCACGAUGCACUGUGGGGAAUGGUUGAAGGUUCGGAUCCUGUAUGUUUGUUACACUCAAACCAAAUUAAUGUGUUCUUGUCAUAUUAUUUACGGGUAUUGUAUCAGUGUAUGUCAUAUUCCGCUUUAUAUCCCUCCUAUGAGUUUG